AUGCAUCCUGAUUCCUUUGGUUAGAAGCUUGGCUUGUUAUUUUAACCUUCUAAACACGACAUCGUUCCUAAGCCCCUAAGUUUUUAUCAUUGGUUCAAGCAAUUCUAACAGCUACCGAGUUUAUGACACCAUACAGCUAGUUCACGCAACGGAUGCGCCCAAGCGCUACGGACGAUUCUCUAGGGAAGGCCGGACCAACUGAGGUGGUCGCCGACGCUCCUGGAGGGAAUGAAGGCAACAAAGAGCGCUGGCCCCCUGCUCGGCCCUUCUCCCAGGCCUCCGCCGCCUCCUUCCGCGUGCCCGGCGGCGGUGGCGCGGCGGGGGAGGCGGUGCGCCCGGGGCUGCGGCGCGCCUACCUCACCCUCGCACCGGAGGCACGCACGGAGAGCUAUCUGGAGGUGAUGGACGAGGUGCUGGUGUCCGCCCCCGCCCUCAGCCGCCUCACUCGCAGCGCCCGGCUGGCGGUGGCACGGAAGGCGCAUGUUGUCGAGUUCCCGCCCGGUGCUGCGCUGUGCACCCGGGGAGCCCCGCAGGAGUGCAUCCUGGUGGUCAUGUCGGGGGAGGUGGAGGUGGUGGAGGGCCGCGGCAACGACCUGCCCGCCGCCUCCUCCCUGCUGGCCGCAGUCACCUCGCCCCCCGCCCGCCCGCCCAUCAACCCCAACCGCCCCCCCUCGCCGCCCGCCUCCAGUCGCGACUCCAGCCCGCGGGGGGCCAGCAGGGGGCGAGCGGGGGGCAGGGAGGAGCAGCCCACCAGCCCCACAACACAGUCACCCGCUUCCCCUUCCAGAAGGCACCCCCACCCCCACCACCACCACCCCCAUGCCGGCCUCCGCAUCAGCCCCGACCCGCUGCUGUGCCUGGGGGCCGGCGGCCUGGGCGGCACCUCCCCCCCCGUCAGCCCCUCCCCCAGCCCCUCCCCCACCUCGCAGCUGCCCCUGCCCCUGCCCCACCCCCAGGGCGGUGCGCUGCCGCUGCAGCUGGAGCGGCGCCACGUGCCGCACCCCGCCAUACUGCAACACCUGCAGCACCAACACACCUCGCAGCACCACCACCACCUACACCAGGCGUCAUUGGGGGGACACAGCGGGCGCUACCAGCAGCAGCUGAGCAGGGGCGGCACACCCGCCUCACCCACACCGCCGCUCAGGCAGCCGCACACCCACACCCAGCAGCGGGGGCGGUGCCGGCGGGUGGGGCACCUGCGGGGGCAGCAGGAGCACCAGUCCGCUCCCCGCCUCCUCUGCUGCUGCUGCCGAUGCCAGCAGCCCCUUCCACCACCACCACCAGCACCACACCCCCUUCCGUCGGGGCACCUCGUGGGAGCUGCUCGACGAGCGCGGCGGCACCCCCGGGGAGGGCAGCACCGGGGGGUGGGGGGGUGGCGGUGGGAGCCGCAGCCUGCUGCUCGGCUCCAAGCUGGGAGGUGCCAGCAUGAGCAGCAACCACAGCGGGGUCAGCUUGGGCAGUGGAGGAGGAGGAGGAGGCGGGCGCAGCAUCAGCCGCGGGCACCAGCACCACCACCUGGGCACAUACCCGCCUCACCACCAGCACUACCACCAGCAGCAGCAGUCCUCCCUGGGCGAGGAGGGAGGGGGUAGUGCCGGCCCGCAUGCGGUGCCCUGCUGCCCCGCCGGCUCGCGGCUGGGUCGGGGCGACUGCCUGGGCGGGUUGGACCUGGCGCAGCUGGCCCGCCUGCCGCCGCUGACGGGG